AAUUGUAGUAAAACAAAAAAGGAAAAUCAAAAAGGCGCAAAAGAGAGAGAGAGAAAAAACGAUUUUUUCUUCAUUUAUUUUUCUGUUUUUUUUUUCUUACUUUUUUAUUUUAGUGUUGUAUUCUUUUUACGAAAGCUUUUUGAUAAUUGUAACGAUGCAGCAUUGCUGUUAGUAAGCAGUAUUCGCGAUAACGAGCAUCCCACAAAGAUAAAGCCAGGAAAUACGAGAAUAGUGAAAUAAUUAUUCUUGGGAUCGCGAUAAAACGAAGGCAAAAAGAUUUGUGGUAUGCCAACAGAAAGAAAAAGAAAGAGAGAGAGAGAGAGAGAGAGAGAGAGAGAGAGAGAGAGAAAGUAAGGGAGAGGGAAGUAGGGGAAGGGUCAUGUUUACGAAAGGUAAAGGAAUAAAAGUACGAGAACGGUGGUGAAGCAGUGUUGAAAUAAAAAGCAUCGAAUUGAAAAAUAGGACGGCGAGUUUUAUAGAUAAUAGAAUCCGGCUUAUGGAAAUCAUCGUGACAAUAAAAAAAAGGGGCAGAGGGUGUAAGAAGAAAAUGGAAAAUGGAUUACCCACGAAUUGAAAUUUCUUUGUUGCUCGUGCCACUAUCUCAUAGCAGAUUCUUUGAUUUUUUGUACGUAUAUAUGUCUGCGCAUUCAUUGAUUUUUUAUGUUUUAUUUAUAAAAGAAAAAAAAAUACUUAAUGUAUAAAUUAUAAGAUAAUAAAUACAUAUAUAUUAUGUAUUAAAUAGUAUCCAUAUAUAAUUUGCAUAAAUUAGUGUGCAUAUAUAAUUUUUCUCGACGAAAACAUUUCUAAAGAAAUUAAAGAAUAAUCUAAUCGGUCGUAAUUAACAUAUUCGAUAACAUUUUUUUUUUCAUCCAUAAUUUCAUAUUUACCAUAUCGUUCACUCCCUCUAUCUUUACCUAUACUCUUUCUAUUGUGUAAUGAACUUUCUCUUGUGUUUAAAUACGACAAAGGUAGGACGGAUUUUGUGGCACGAAUAUAGUCGCGCAUCGUUUGGAAACUUUGCGUGCGUCGAAUGCUCUGGUUAUUAUGCAUUUCACUUUGACUUGUAUUGUUAGCCUUUGUCAAUCGAUGCUUUCGUAAUUGUAUAUUGAUGAUCGUUCGAAAAUAUUUGAAGUACUUGAUUGUUACGAGAUUAACGAUCUCCCUUCUCUCUCUCUCUCUCUCUCUCUCUCUCUCUCUUUUGUCAAUUCUAAUACGAUUGUUUUAUUUUCAUCAAUGUUUGAUAUCUUGCUUCGAUGAAAGGAUAUUUAAGGCAAGUUAGGUCAGUCGCUCGAUCGACCUCAGACGAUCGUCGAGGUCGUGAUCAAGUUUAUUUGGUAAACAGAUUUACUCGUUAUGUGACAUUUACGCAUACGCAUAUGAAAUUACUAAGCAAUGCGAUUUAUUGCAGUGAUGUCAUACUGAACAUUGGACAUAGAGUUAGAGCUAAUAUUAUUAUGUAUACAGGAAAAGAAAAAAAAAGAAAAAAAAAAAAAGAAAAAAAAGAAAGAAAGAAAGAAAGAUACAAUGGAUGGGAAAAGAAAAAAAUACGUGAUAAGAAACGUCCAAUUACAUUUUAUACAAAAUAAAAUCUUUUGAUAUAAGUCAAGAAGAGAAAGAUAAAAGAUCGAUUAAUUCUUGACUUCCUUCAACCGAACUAGUUAUUAUUACAGAGAAGCAUUCUCGCACGUCUUUCUCGUCGAUAUUCUCUUUACGUCGCGUGAAGAUGCGAAUUAGUAAUUCUCUGGAUUUGCGUGAAUUGUUAAAUCUUUCAAAGAUAAAUCAUUGUGUACCUUUUUCUCUUUUGUCCUUUUCCUUUCUCUCUUUUUCGAUUCAAAGAGAAGGAUUCUUCGAGGAUUAUUCGUCGAUUGAAAAAAGGAUUAUCAAGCGCACGAGCUCGUCUCUCGCGUCCUUGCUUGAAUGCAAGUGUGUUGGAGCGAGCACGGCACGUAAAUGAAUAUUUACGAAGGAUUGUCGUGGUACCGAAGGUCCACGUGCUCGUGGAUCACCGUAGCGGCAACAGUCGUAUUCUGACCGUCGUCGUUCAAAGUGCGUGUAAUCGUUCCCAGUAAUUUCUUCAUUAUUAAGAUAUUUGCCUGUUUCUUUUAUUCUUUUGAGUGUCAUUAUAGAGAAAGAAAUAGAUAGAGAGAGAGAGAGAGAGAGAGAGAGAGAGAGAGAGCGCAGGGAGAGAGAGUGAGAGAGAAAGAAAGAAGGUGUACGAGAAAAGAAAGCAAGAGAAGGAGGAGGAGGAGGAGGAAGAAGAAGAAGAAGAAGAAGAAGAAGAAGAAGAACAGCAGUGGAAGAACGAGUUCACUUUCGUUCAUCGAGUUCUCUCUCAUGUCGUCGAUCUUCUAAGAGGGAGGAAUCAUUCUUGACCUUCGCAAGAUGGGCUGCGAUCAGCUCGCACUUCUUCUUUGGAAAAAUUAUAUUAUUCGCAAGCGACAACCAGGUAUUCUAGCCUUGAUAUUUCUAUGGCCGAUUCUGGUUUUUAUAAUACUCUAUACAGUCCGAGACAAUGUCGAUCCAGUAUAUCAUUCGACUUGUCAUUUCCCGUCAAGAUCGAUGCCUCAGGAUGGACUUUUACCUUUUGUUCAGAGUUUUAUCUGUAGUAUUGGAAAUACUUGCGAACCUCUUUCGGAAUACGAGGAAGUGCCAACAUACAAGAAUGCUAGUUUAGGUCCUUUAGUGGUCGAUAUGCAGCCAAUACUCAGCAACGAGACGAUUCUCUCUGCGGUGAAAACGUUACCGAAGAGUAUUCAACUUCUUAAGUCAAUGGCGCAGAUACUCACCCGACCGGAAAUCAAAGCGUUGUUUGACAGAGGUAUUUACCUCGGCGACCUCUUCAACAAUCACGAUCGGAUCAAGAGCUUUCUAAGGGCUCAAAUGCCACGAGCAAGUACUACCUUCGUCGAUAGUUUAUUUGAAUCGUCAAUAAGGUUGUAUUACCUUAUUGAAACAUUCGGCUCGACGAACGUCGAUGGUAUCGUUUGUUCACCAGAAAAUCUAAAAAAGUAUAUGAUCUUAUCGAAAGAAGAGGAUUAUGCGGAAAUCUCGAAGGUCCUUUGCGAAUUGAAUGCCGACAAAAUUCCAGAUAUAUUAUCCGAACUCUCGAAACAUAUUGAUUUUAAUAGUUUGUUGGGCAUGUUCGAUCGUGUGAUGGGAAAAUUUCGCGAUUAUGAUUUUUUCCAAGAUCUCAGGCUCACGGUCGAUACUAUUGUGAAUUUGAAAUCUAUAGAUAAAUACGUCCCGGGAUAUCUUAGAAUUCGAGAAUGGCUACCUAACGUUAUAAUGCUCUUUCGAAACGUCACUUUCAAGGAGAUCGAUCUUACUUUUAUAAACAAAACUGUAAAGCUAUUAGAUCCUAUUUUUGAGAAAGAACAUGAUUGGACGACGGCUCGUCAUGGAUUUUUAAAAUUGAAUACGUUACUUGGAAUGGUCAAGGAAAUUCUCCAUAAUCGUACUAACGAAUCGUCCGAUGAUUUUUUCUCGGUGUUCGAUAAUUUAAUAAAAACUAUCCAAGAUUUUUCACUUAAGAAAACGAACGAGACACAAGUUACGAAAAUAUUAGAUAUGGCAUUUUUGGUUCUGAAAGAUGGAAUGACUUUGACCGAAAAAUUGUUAACUAAACACUCCGAUGAAAUUCUUUUAGCCGCUGAAAUUAUCGAUAAUUUAAAAUAUUAUUUCUCCGAGCACAUAGUAAACUCACUUACAUAUGCGAGUUCAUUGAUUGAAAAUAUAGUGCGAAUGACCCAUCACGUGGCCGUCAUUCAUUUAGAAACUGAAAGGAACAUUUAUGAAAUUUGUAAAAAUCAUGAAGAAUUAGUACAAAAGAUUCUAACAAAUAUUGAUCCAAUAGUUUAUCGAACCAUUAUACGAUCCUUUUCUCGAUUAAAUUUUGUGGAGCGAUUAGUAGACGGCGCAAAGGAUAAAAAAUUCGAAGAAUUUAUUUGUGAGAGAAAAAUUUUAAACGAGAUAUUCGACAAUUAUCAGAAUCUGACAAUUGUCCAAUCGAAGAAUAUAGAGGAUAUAAUUUGCAGUGAUUCCGGAAAGAAAUUCAUUUCCGAUAUUCACGCAAAUUUUCAUUUUGAGGAUUACGAAAAAAUUAUAGAAAAUACUUUGGCCACAUUAGUCAGUAUGUUUUUUAAAUAUACUGUUGGAAUCGAACAAGCCAAUCUUACAACAGUUGUUCAGGUCACCAGAGCUUUCGUUUCUUAUUUGGAAUCUCCGAGAAGGGAUGAUCCAGAUUGGAGUAUUUUCGAAAUUAAUGAAAAUUGGUCAAAGGCUUUCGAGGAUACUCGAAGUAAAGGAAGAUUAGACGUCUUAGGAAUUCAUUUGAGUGUUGCAAAGAUGUGCGGUUCCCGUAGUUUAUCCUAUUUCACGGUAAAACCUAGAUUACAAGAUAUGAAUAAAUUAGCUAUAAUUAUUUUGCGAGAUCUUCAAACUCAACCAACUAGUUGGAUCGAUCAGUUUCGUCGGCACAAAUAUGAGCUGAUAGAAUCAUUUUAUCUUACCGUCACGGACAAAGAAAAGAGCCUGAAAAUAUUAGAAUAUUCGAAUUUUACGAAAUCGUAUUGCAUCGAUAAGAAUCCACCAAACUUAAUAGCAUAUCCUAAGGGAUCGGAUGAGAAGCUUUUAAAAGAAUUGAUUUGUCGUGUUUCGAGAUCUGUAGAAAAUGAUCUAAUGAUAAAUAUCAACGUUGUCGAUUUCGAUGACGAAGGUUUAUCCAAAGGAAAAAUGAAUACCUUCAAUUGGACGAUGUUCAACGAAGAGAUCAUUCAGAUUUACGGAUACAUUGACAAUAUUUUAUUUCAAGAGGACGAGCAGUACGAUCUAUUGAAAUUGGAGUAUCUCAAAUCUAAUUUUAAAACAGCGUGGACGACAAAUCUCACUUCGAAGGACGCUUGGGAGAUUAGCGUAGGUGUUUUAUGUAAGAUUUUCAACAUAAUGGAAAAGCCAAUUUUCAACAUACAGGAGCAAACUUUCUGGAAAAAUAUCAACGCGAUCGCAUGGGCUUCAUCGAUGAUCUUCGAAAACUUAGAAAAAACUAUCAAUCAGAUUCGUAAGAACGAUGGUAUGAUUAAGCUUCCGGAGAUUACAAAUGAUCUACCGGAAACGCAAAUCUUAUUGGAAACUUUCUUUCGAAAUUUCUUAUCGAUCAUAUUCGAUGUAAUCGAUUUGAUUUCAUCGAACUUUCCUUUUCAUAUUAUGAGUAAUAUCGAUAAGUAUAAAAAACGCGAAUCUGACUGGCCAUGUGUGCAUAAUGAGAGUAUCGGUGAAGUUUUGGAAUUAAGGAAUGGAAGUCGAUCAUUUUUAAGAGAACUCGAGAGAAUAACUUGCGAUUCUACUGGAUUUAUUAAAGAGUGGGAAAAUCAUCCCAUUAUAAUGAAAGUUCGAAAUAUCAUUCAAUUCAAUACCCCUGCAUUACUACCACCAUUUAAUUGGACGUUGGGAUACACGAAAUUCCGUGGUCUAGUGGAAACAUUUGAUACUUUCAUUAUCGACACAAAGGAAGUAAUUUUAGCAGAAAAUCCAAAAUUGCUGCCGUAUAUGAAGGUGGCUGAACCGAAAAUAAAGAGAAUCUUUGACGAACGUUUAUCGAAUAUUGAGGUCACUAGGAGGUCAUUUCUGGAUUAUAUCGAUCUGAAAUUAGACGAGACGAUCAAAGUGUUUCAAAGUAACCUCACGAUGAGCGAUUUAUGGAAAUUGAAGAUUACUGGGAUCGAUAGGAUACUUGUCAUUGGAAAGUUUCUUUCGCAUGUCCUCCACGAAGCACUUUCAUUUGUGAGGAAUAUUUUUCAAGAUGGAUCCAAGGACAUCAAUUUAUUGUCCAUAUUAGGUUUCAACAAUGAGAGUGUGGUCUCGAUAAUUUAUAAGAAAUUAUCGUAUAUUUUAUCAACAUUGGUGAACGGCCUGUCUGAUAGCAGAAUCGAGAAUAAAAUUUUACAAACAUUAAAGAACCAUGCGAAAUUCAAUUGCACAGAUUUAUUCGAUUGGUGGUCCGACGUUAGAGUCGGCCUUAGUAUCGAGGAAUACACGAUAUUAAAAAAGUUUACGUGUUAUCUUAGUCCAGAAAAUUUCAAUGGUUAUGUGAAUUUCGCUGCUACCGAAAGGGAAAUAUUUUGGAAACCAGUAAGUCGUUAUCGAUUGUAUAUGUUAACUGUAAUCGGUGAUAUCUACGAUUUUGGAAAAGCUAUAAAUAAAAUAUUAAAUACAACGGUAACUAUCGAGAGACCUUUUACUAAGCUAUACUUCAAGAAUGUAUUAAUAAAACUGAGGGAUUCACUGGAAUAUGUCGAGUCAGCUUCAUUUAAGAUCGCAGAAUUAAAUACUACAUGGGCAAACCACAAGCUGAUCAUUGAAGGUAUUUCCGAAGCUUUGUUUAAUAUUGCCGAAACUUUGGAGACUUUGGAAAUAAAGGACGAUGAAAUGUAUAUCUGGCAAGCGGUGAAAAGUGGCGAUGUUCAACAAUUGUUAAAAAUUAUGGAAGCUUCGCCCGAAGAAGCGAUAGCGUUAAUCGCUAGGCUUUUAACGAUAGAUAAAAGGACUUCUCAGAUUAUGCCUUUUGAAAAUAUUAGAGCAACGUUUUGUGAUCCUCAUUUUAUUCCUAAUUAUUGGGCCACUAAAGAUAGGAAUUCUUUCCUAAUGAAAGUUUGCACUUUCGAUCCGUAUCAAGUAUUGAAAUCUAUUACCAGCAUCGAAUUAUAUGAAGCUGUCGAAGGAAAAAGGGACGUUGUUAUAAAAUCAACACCUUUACCAUUAUCAUUGAUAAAAUUCUUAGACGCGGUAAUAAAGAUUAUAUCUUCGAACGAUAAUAUAAUCGUUAGAUCAAACAUCUUUAAUUCGACAAUCUGGAGAAAUUUAUCGUCGGACACGUGGGAUCUUAUAAAAAAUGCCGAAGCUUCAUGGAUUUACGAAAAUAUUAAACUUGAAGAGCCCCCUAAGGAUUUAAACAAAUUGAUGAAUCCAUUGACGUUGGUUAUAAGAUUUCUACAAUUGCUAAACUUCUUAGCGGACCUUUUGUCGGGUGGUGACAUUUGGCAGAAGCUAAGGAACGUCUACGAGAAUACGAAAAUCAAACCAAUCUUGACGCUGAUCGAAGACAUGCCCAAUCUCGUUGUCACCGUUGUAGACACAUUCUUCACUUCGGAAAGAUUAAAUGACUUUGUCGAAAAACUUUUUCUCGGUCAAGUAAAUCCUUGCGACAUCGACAGGUAUUUGAUACCAUCAAGCUUUGUAAGAAAAAAGGGUCUUCUUUCGAGCAUCACUAACUUUUGCCAGAACGUCCUUGCGAAUGAUAAAUUCCCUAAUACUUUGGACCUCUUAUUUUUCAACUUAGAUAACGUGAGUAACUUUGUUACGUACAAUGGUACGGAAAAACAUUGGAAUGAAAGUUAUUUUGUCGAAGAAAUUAAUAGUUCGUUAUAUACUUUAAUUCGCGUGAGUUUGGAAGGCUAUAAGAAUCUAAAGGUUCCAACUUGGUGGACGUCUUUUGAGGAGGGUACUCUCAAAGACUUUUCUUUGGAAUACAAAAAGAAGGACUUACGGACAUUGGCUCACUCGGUCGUGAAUAAAUUAGGAAGUUUGGUUAAAAAUCUUGUGAAAACAUCAUCUACUGCCAAAGAAUGUUCAUGGUGCACCACGCUUAUGAUCGAUAUCGUAAAUUCACAGUUAUCUCGACAUGCGCUUUAUGCACAGCUUAUCUGUGAUAUGAAUAAAUUAAACAACUCUGAAAUUCAUGAUCGACUAAUUCAUGAAUUUUAUUGGAACAAAACUGCGAGCAUGAUCGAAAAUUACAAAUAUUUAAAUAAUCAGAAGACAUUAAAUGAAUAUAUAACCAGUAUAGAGGCGACUUUUCACUAUAUCGCAGACAUCGUUGUUGAUUUUCAAAACGAAACAUAUAAGGAAAGGAUCAAUCAUUGUUUUCACAAGUUUAUCGGAGAUCCAGCGUUCUCGAGGCCGGGCUUAUACGUAAUAUUCGUUACUGGGAUUUUGGAUAUGCUACAAAGGAAUACUCAUUUGAUUGAUAUUGCGAGACAUCAUGAGAAUAUAAUUAAUUUGACGAAUCUUGCUGAAAAAAAUGUGCCCAUUUGGAAGCCAUUACGAGAAGUCGUGAAGAAGUCUGACGUUGAACUCGUUGAUGAUUUCUUACCGAAUGCGACGAUCAACGUGAAUGCUAUAUUGAGUGAUAGAAAUCAUUCUUUAUGUCGAACCGUUUUCGAGUGUAAAAACGUGAGCGUUCUCUAUCAAUUCUUAAGCUCGAAGAGGGCUGGCAAAGUUCUACGAUACGAUCUCAAAGCGGCCAAAUAUCCGUCUGUAAUGGAUAUUUCUGAUCGAUUAGCGAAGAGCUUAGAUCUGUCUCUGAUAAAACGGAAAAUAAUACAUUGGCGUCAAAACGCAUCGUGGGAUCUGACAUGGUUGAAACAGAUCUUACAUCAUUUAAGUGUUGUCCUCGGUGAGGGUGGUAAUCUCUUGGACGUUGCCUUUAAGAUAGAUUUCAAGGAUAUUUCCAAUGUUCUCAGUAUGCCAGAUAUCGUAGAUGGUGUGGUUAAUCUUCUGAAGGACAAGACCAUCGAUAAAAUAUUUUCAGGAAUGCACGAGAUUCUGGAGGACGUGGAACCAUUUCUGAAUGAUCAAAAUUUGAUCAAAGAUUUGUAUAACAUGAUCGUUUCUUUGGAGUCGAUGGAAAUUUUUAAGAAUUUGGGCUUAUUGAAUGUUAAAUAUGUCAUCAGCGAUAUGUUCGAUAAUUGGGAUACAGUGAGAACUUAUUUGAUCAAUAAGAUAAAUAUAUCGAAGGAGGUAGCAUUGAUUUUGAGUCAAGCUAAAAUCGACAUGAUAUCGGUUUUUAUGAAGGAAAAACGUGCGUUUAGUUUGAAGGAUACGAUCUGUUCGCCAUCUAAGUUAGGAGAUAUGUUAAACGUUGAACAAACUAAUAUAACGAUCGAUGAAAUUAGCACGGUACUUUGCAACUUGAACAAUACGCAAACGCAAAAUAUCGCUAUCACUUUAAUUAAGAAUUUAAAUUUCGAUUAUAUUCUCAAAACCUUAUUAAGCGCAAAUGUAAAAAACAUCAUGGCAAAUGCGAAUUUAACGGAAGCCGAAGGAAAAUUGGUAUUGGAUAAUCUAGGAGUCGUUUCCGAAUUGAUUCCAUUUUUUAAGGACAAACUUUCAGGGAACUUAAUUUCUGCUGAGAGUUUACAAUCCGAAGACGAGUCCGAUGCUAAAGAAAUAAUAUCAAGCUCGGAAUUUCUUACGGAUUCGAGUAGAAUGCUUUGUGGUAAAAAGAUAAUAGACAAUAACAAUGGAUUUUACAAAAUGAUUGCAAGUAUUCAGGAUAAUACGAAAGAAGAUGAUCAGAUCGAGCUCGAUUCUUUACCAAGUGAUUUCUGUAGGGAGACUUACAAGAGUUUAACCAACAUGGGUGCUGGAAAGAUUAUUUGGUCCUAUGUUAAACCAUUAUUACGCGGUCAGAUACUUUACGCGCCUGAUACUAUCGUGAUUAAAGAAGUUAUGUCUAUCGCGAAUGAUACUUUCGUACAGAUGGAUCAUUUUAGUCAAUUGAUGUAUAGUUUCGUGGAGACACUUAAAUCAUUGGCAAGCCUUUCGGAAAUGGGUGAUAGUCUCAACGAAUUGCAGGAUAUUAUGACAUCGAAAAUUAUGCGAAUAGCUAUCAAGAGUUUUGGUGGUGGAAACUUUGAGGGUGAUUUUUCGAACUUUAAUAUCGGCGAGAUAGCAUGGAGAUUAAAAAGAUCGAAGAGACUGAUUACUAUGGUAGAAAUGUUGAAUAAUCUGAUGGAUUGCGUAUUAAUCAAUCGAAUGAAAGGAUUUUCAACGGAGGAAGAACUCCAAACGUACGCUCGUUCUCUCAUGGAGACAAACGAGUUCUUAGCAGGAAUCGUCUUUUUAGAAAAGGAAACGGAAAGGUCUAAAAGAUCAUUGGAUUAUGGAUUAUCGGAUAAUGUCACGUACAAAAUUCGUAUGGACGUAGAUUAUGUUCCGUCGACCAUAAGAUUAAAGAAUCAAUUUUGGAUACCUGGACCGGAAAGCAGUUUUAUAGAGGAUCUUAGAUAUCUUCGAGGUUUCAUACAGCUUCAGGAUGCCAUUGAUCGUGCAAUUAUUAAAAUAAAAUCUCAAAAGGAUCAAAAUUGGAAAACGUUCACGCAACAAAUGCCUUAUCCUUGUUGGAAGCAAGUGCCCUUUCAAACGACCCUUUACGAAUCUCAGGGACUUCAAGUAUGCUUCUUUUUUGCCUUUAUGAUGUGCGUUGGAUCAAUCGUUCGACAUAUCGUAUGGGAAAGAGAAUCUAGGAAUUCUAUGGUGAUGAGUGUUAUGGGACUGAAGCCUUGGCGAAAUACCUUUGCUUGGUACAUAACUUCCUUUAUCGAGCUAUCAAUCAUAAUUAUUUGUAUCAGUUUGAUUCUCUUGGCUGGAAAAAUUCUUCCAAGAUCUAAUCCCAUCCUGGUUCUAAUUCUUCUCUUCGAUUAUAUAUUUUCUAUCUUAACGUUUUGUUACAUGAUAUCGACUAUGUUCAGUUCAGCGAGUCUUUCUGCAAUUACGACAGUAGUUAUGUUUUUAUUAACUUACAUGCCAUAUAUUAUCGUUAUCGCAAUGGAAGCUGUUUUUGGCUUGACUUAUAAAUUAUUAAUCUGUCUCAGUAUGUCAACUAGUUUCUGUUAUGGUUGUCUUUAUAUUGUUCGCAAAGAAGUACAAGGUACUGGUGUCACGUGGAAAAAUAUAUGGGAAGAAUCUAGUCCUGGUGAUCCAAUGUCCUUAGCUCUGAUCCUUUUUAUGAUAGCUUUUGAUGGUUGCAUUUACGUUUUGAUUGGUUAUUUCAUCACAAAGUACACCAAUUCAGGCAGGGACUUUCUUGGUUUGAGGUCCCGUAGCUUAUGGUGGGCCAACACACGUUCUCUCUAUGGCAGGCCCAGUUACCUCACCUUCGUCAACAACCUCUAUUUCACUAACGACGUUCUGCACCUUUCAACCACUUAUCAAGAGGACGAUUCAGACGUGAGUAAUUUGACGGUGAAUGAGAAACAAAUCGGCGUGAGUUUCGACAACGUUCGUAAAGUUUAUAAUACUGACAUUGGAGAAAUCGUAGCCAUUGAUGACUUCACUUUGAAGCUUUGCGAAGGUGAAGUGACCAGCCUUCUUGGAAGAAACGGAGCCGGAAAGACAACAAUCAUCAAGAUGCUGACGGGUAUGGUAGCUCCGACCAACGGUGAAAUAUGUUUGAAUGGUGAAGAGGGUUGUAAGCCAGACAUAGGGGUGUGCCCUCAGGAUAAUGUGCUCAUCGACACUUUGACGCCAAGGGAGCAUAUGAUCUUUUAUUCGAAGCUCAAGGGCCAGAAAGACAAUAUGAAUAUGGAAAAAAAUGUUAACGAUAUGCUAAGUUCGUUAGAAUUAGGUCGACAAGAGCACGAGCCGGUGUAUCGUUUAUCGGGCGGUACAAAGCGUCGACUCUGCGUAGCCCUAGCCUUUUUAGGUUCACCAAAAUUGGUGAUCCUCGAUGAGCCAGGCGCAGGUGUGGAUCCUGCAGCCAGAAGAAGAAUUUGGCGGCUGAUUGAUCAACAUCGUAUAGGUAGGACAGUUCUUCUUUCUACUCAUCAUCUGGACGAGGCUGACAUGUUAAGCGACACAGUAGUUGUCAUGCACAAAGGGAAGAUCCUUUGCACUGGUUCACCGUUGACUUUAAAAAUGAAUCAUGGCAGAGGUUACAGAUUGAAUGUUUCUUAUCCACCAACCAAUAUCUCUAGUGGAUCUAUCGAGAACAAGAACUUGAUGAUACUUCGAAAUAUCAUUGAAGGCAUUGUGUCUAAUUAUAACAUUAAUGAAACAUCUGAAACUGAAGUCAUCGUUACUCUUCCGUUUCAAGGAAAACAUGGUAAUAAUAACGACAUAGCCCAAGUCGCAAAGGUACUCGAAGAUAAUCAAAAACUUUUAGGAUUCAUUCAUUUCUCCUUGGAAUGUGAUACUCUCGAAAGAGUCUUUUUGGAUUUAUGUGCACGCGCCGAUAAUAAUUCAUUGUUGAACGGAGCUAACAUAAACAAUGCUGACAAAGUGAAUCAUAUUGGAUUGCCCCUUUCGAACGACGAGAUUGAUAUGAUAGAUCUAGAACCCUCGCCAAAGCCUACAGCAUUCAGACAAGGAAAGGCUUUAUUGAAAAAGCGAUUGUGGCAUUUCGCAAAGGACUGGAGAUCGCCCUUGGCCACCCUCAUUUUACCGACCGUCUUCGUUGCCGUGGCGAUGGGGUUCUCUCUAAUAAGACCACCAUCCGAGGACGAGCCACCACUGGCACUUAACCCGAGGCUUUACGAUACCCAUCCAACUUACUUCUACAGUAUCGAUAACAGCAAUGAUCCAUUUUUGCAACACGUGUCUCUUCAAUUACACGAUAGAUUUGGGGACGAUUAUGCUGGUGCUUGGCAAACUUUACCAAACGAUACGGGGACGUGUGAAUGUGUGGAUGGUCAACAAACUUGUCAAGGUGUGUCACAAGCGGUAGAAGGACUUUUACAAACUUUACCUGGUCGACCAACUCUUGAUUGGAUUGUUUCAACUCAUCAGGAAUAUAUUGAGAGAAGAUACGGUGGAUGGUCACUUUCACAUUGGAAGGACGAUCCCCUUUUCGUCAUUUGGUAUAACAAUAAAGGUCAUCACUCGAUGCCGUCCUAUCUUAACGCCCUAAACGAAGCGAUACUUCGUGCUUCAGGAGUCAACGGACAUUUAACGACCCUGAACCAUCCAUUGAAGCUUUCAAGAGACCAAUUGAAUCGAACCACAUUAUUGCAACGCGUCGCCGACGUUGGCAUUGCCUUGGUUCUUUUAAUCGCAUUUAAUCUGGUUGGCGCACAAGGAACGAAGGAAUUGGUUAGAGAAAGACUCUCGGAAGAAAAAAGAAUACUUUAUCUGGCUGGAGUUCACCCGGUGACUUACUGGACGACGGCCUUGAUCUGGGAUUUUCUAAUUUUUGGAUGUUCCAUUUGCUCGGCUGUUGUAGUUUUUGAAAUAUUCGGCUUGUCUACUUACGUUUCUAAAGACAAUUUAGCUGGUGUCUGUUUAUUACUCUUUCUCUUUGCUUGGGCUGCCAUUCCGUUCUCUCACUUAGCCGAGAAAGCAUUCGACGAUUCCAGUUUGUCCAACAUGGUUCUCUUUUGUGUGAACACCUUUAUAGGCGUGAGCUCUCUCGCCACUAUUUUGGUGAUCGAUAUUCUUGGAAAGACUCAAACAGCUGCCGAUGUCAGAAAUGUUCUUCAUCGAAUUCUCAUGAUCUUUCCACAAUACGUCCUUGGCGAUGCUCUCGUAGAAUUAUCCAAGAAUGACAUCACUGCCGAACUCUUGAAAAAAUUUCACAUGAAUACUUACAAGUCACCAUUGGGUUGGGAUCUUUUAGGCGUUCAUUAUAUUUUUCUUAUGAUUAUUGGUGCUCUAUUGUUCCUAACAAAUCUCAUCAUUGAAUGCCGACUCUUGCCAAAUUUCCGAAAACAGAACGUAAAUUACGAAGUUGUAGAAGAGGAUGAGGAUGUAAUCAAUGAAAGAACGAGGAUUGAAAGUGGCAUGGCACAUGAGGACAUUUUGAAAACGAUUAAAUUGAGAAAGGAGUAUCGAAGCGUUUACGGAACAAACGUUGCUGUUCAGAAUUUAAGUUUUGGUAUACAACCUGGAAAGUGUUUCGGUCUGUUGGGCGUCAAUGGGGCCGGAAAGAGUACGACCUUCAAGAUGCUAACUACGGAAAUUAUUGCUACGGCUGGUAGAAUUGUCUUAAAGGAAGAGGACGUUGGUUCUGGACCUCUUUGUAACGGUGAAGUUGGUUAUUGUCCUCAGACCGAGGCCUUGGAUGGUUUCUUGACACCGCAUCAGUGCUUGACGAUACACGCUGAGAUUUGCGGUUUGAAGAACGUUCCUAAGAUAGUCGAAAAUACAUUGAAAAGGCUCGAUCUUCUUAAGUAUGCUCAUCAAAGGAUUAGCAGUCUUAGUGGUGGAAAUAAAAGAAAAUUGUGUACAGCUGUAGCAGUAAUGGCUCCAGUUUCCGUAAUUCUCAUGGACGAGCCAACGAGUGGCAUGGAUCCAGCGACGAAGGAUUUAGUUGGAUGUGUGGUUAAACACGUCACGAAAAAUCACAGUAGCGUGAUAUUAACGUCUCACAGUGUCGCUGAUUGCGAAAGUUUAUGUACCAGAGUGGGAAUUCUUGCCAAAGCCGGUCUCAGGUGUAUAGGAACACCGCAACAUUUGAAGCACAAAUUCGGCGAGGGCUACGUUGUUUUCUUGAGAUUCAGCAAACCGACGUUAGUCAGUGAUCUCAAGAGAGCCAUUGCGAAUCAUCUUCCACAAGCCGUUGUGUUUUCGAGACAAGCAACUGCAGCACGUUUAUUGGUGCCAAAGAGUGAGGAGAUGGCACUGAGCAACAGCUUCGCCAAAGUGAAAAUGCUUGCGGAUGAGCUCAAAGCUACGGAUUAUACGCUCUCUCAGAGCUCCUUGGAUCAGGUGCUCGUAAAUUUCUCGGAAGAACCCGAGGACGAAUCUACGAUCGAUUCUAUGAGAAGUGGUUACACCAAUGCCUGCUUCAACAUGGACAUCAUUCAUAUGGAUACGCUUUGAGGAUGGAACAGAAAAUACACCAUUGAACAUUUUUCUUUGCUCUCUUUUAUUUUCAUUCUUUCUUUCUUUCUUUAGAAAAUAUUUUUUUUAUUUCAUGGGCCCCAAGCGAAUUUGUUUCUUCUCAUUUUCAAUGCGCUAUCUCUCUGUACAAUUAUUGCUGUGAUAACUCAAAAUUUUCAUUUUUUUUCUUACCUUUUCUUCUUUCUUUCUUUUAUCAUCUAUCUUUUCUUAUCUCUCUCUCUCUCUCUCUCUCUCUUCUUUUUUUUUUCUUUUUUUGUUUUUUUUUUAUAUAUCUCUUCUUAACACCCAUGAUUAUGGGUUAAUAGGUAUAUCACGAGCCCCGACAAAUACAAGAACAUUGUUACUUCACAGUUUAUCCUCGUCGAUUAUUUGAAAGAGUCCGAUGAUUUUUGUAUAUGCAUUUUAGUUCCUAAACUGUGUUUCUCUUGGAGUGCUAUUCUUUCUUCUUCAUGCUUUCCUUUUUCUUAUUUUUUUUUUUUUUUCUUUUUCCUCUUUUCUUCUUCUCAGUAAUCAGAAAACAACUUCGAGUACUUAAGAUUUAGAUGAAGUAUUUCUUUAACGUAAACUAUUCAUAAGUAUUAAGUAUUGAUAGUUUAAAGAAUGUUACUUGAAAGUUCGUCUUUCCUGUAACUAAUUUAUUAGCUUUUAAUUAUUAGUAAGGGACUAAUUAAUUUUUACUUUUGUUUAAUUAGAUUUAAAGUUUGCAUGAACAAAUUGAUGUAAUGUCGUACAUGUAUUUUUCUUUGUAUCGAAUUAUUAUUAUUAUUAUUAUUAUUAUUAUUGUUUUU